UAUGUCAAUGUCAUUGUUCUUAUGUCAGAUCGGGCCAUUUCAUAUUGCCUUUCAUUACACUGAAUUUAUUAUUUCUUUAUAGUUUUUUUGUAUUUACUUGUUACAAAAUGGUGAAAGCCUGGUAUAUGGAUGAAGAUAAGAAUGAUCAACGCGCAGAACAUCACAGGAACCCUCCACAGUUUGUAUCUCUCGAUGAAUUGUACAAGAAGACUGGUGUUGAAUACUUUAGCCUAAAUGUCGACACCCAUGAGACUGAUGGAGUCCUAGACAAGAUAAAGAAGGACCGCGGCUACACCUACGAGGACAGGAUGGAGGCAUCCAAGGCAACACUACCCAACUACGAAGAAAAACUGGUUGCCUUCUACACUGAGCACUUGCAUACUGAUGAAGAGAUCCGGUUUGUGCUGGACGGCUCCGGCUAUUUUGACGUGCGUGACCGUGACGACCAAUGGAUCCGCAUCGAGGUCACCCCAGGGGACAUGCUGGUGCUCCCCAGUGGCAUCUACCACCGCUUCACUCUUGACUUCAAUAACUACAUAAAGGUGAAGAGGUUCUUCAUAGGCGAGCCGGUGUGGGCGGCGCACAACCGCCCCUCCGACCACAUGCCCGCGCGCCUGCAGUACGUGGACAAACUCACCAAGGGAUUCGUGGCCGCUUGCUAACAUUCCGACUUUCCAACCCACUAAACUUCCGUAACACAGACAUACUAAAUAUAUUAAAACUGGUCACUCACGUAUUUUAAGGGCCAGUUGCACCAACCACAGUUAACUGACUGACCAACGUCACGCAGCAGAUUUAUGAAUCUUUCCAUACAAUAAAAUUAAGCGAACGCUUUAACGGUGACAGACAGUUUGGUGCAACCGACCCUUAGUGAGUGCACGCUCGGUGAGCACGGCGUGCAGCGUGGCGUCGGGCGCACGUGCUGCGAGCAGCGUGCAGUGCGGCCGCUCCUGUACGUUGCAUUUGUUGAACAUGCACGACGCACGCUCCGCCCCGCUUCACGCCCGACUCGAGCGUCCACUCCGGCCUUAUACUUAAUCUAAGAUUAACGAGAAUAGUCGGGUAGUUUCCCGCUGCCGUCGCCCGCGCUGAGCAAUCGGUCGCGGAGAGCUGCAACCAGCUGUCUUCGUCUGUUGAAGCUUCUCGUUAUGAAGCGGAAAUGCGAAAGCAUGUCAAGAAAUCUACGACUUAAAAUACGCGAGUAUCCCCUUUUAAUAUAUUUAGUAUAUUUCAAGGCACCAUUAGAAUGCGGACUUUGGACCUCAUGCAAGGUGUAACGGUAAUUUCACCCUGGAUGAUAAUUCGCAAAGUGAUUAAGACAGAUAUAUCAUAUCAUGAAAGGUCGUUAAAGUCAACUCAUCAGCUGCCACAAUUACAGAAAAAUUAUCUUGGGGCCAUUCCCAGAGAAUGACAACUUUUGUCGCUGACUUGACACCUAUGGCAGCUAUUUUAAUAACCUACAAAAUCUAUAGAAUAUACCAUUAAGUUUCAAGCUAAGUUAUCAUACCAAUAAAAAAUGCUCAGCACAUUAUAAAAAAAAAAAUACAUGACGUAACCAACACUUGGUGAACUGCUCCUAUAGAAUAUUUGUGAAGAAAAAAGUCACCCAACGAUAAAAUGUUAGAUUUUUUCUGUAUGUUUAGGUGGCUACCGUUCCAUAACUCUACAACGGAGCGGCAGCUGACGUUGACCAAUUCUGAAAUAUUGCGUAACCAUAAUUUAGAAGCAGGCUUAUUUGCAAUGUUUAAUUUAAGAUUAUAUUACUUUAUUAAGUUUAUAUUAAACCAUUAUGGCCAUAAAAUGUGAUGGAUAUUGUUUACCCUUUUUAUAAAAAAAAAAACCUACUUUUAAAUCUAUCAUGACAUGACGACAUAUCACAAUAUUUAGUUAUUAAGAUAAAGGAAAACUAAGAACACACUUGAUAUGACAGAAUUUGCUCAACAUCAUGGUUGAGUUUUGGAUAUAAAUAAUUAUAUGUAAUAUUGUUACUACAUUUUAUAUGAAUUUAUGUGAAUAAAUAUAUUAUGCAUGUUAGUUGGUAGUUUUAUUACAAACACUAAAGGAACCAUAACUUCUAUUUUAGGUAACAAAGAGGACGAAGUACGAAGUCACAUAACUUAACCGUAAAAAACGUAGUUAUACUUUAGAUAUUAUUAACACUAUGGCUGCAUUUUUAUACUUUGCUUGACUUUUUUUAGAUUUUAGAUCAUUAUAAAAGUUAGAACAAAAACCGAAUUCAAUUUUUUAGGGCCGGCUGUACCCUUUAAAUUGGACUUAAUUUUUUCCGCCUUUAUUUUACUCAUAAGCCAUAAAUUACGCCUUUAUUUCAAUCAGCAAAAAUUUGUGACACUAAGGGUUAAUACGAACUUCGGCUAAUCGCUGCAAGGGGCCAUAUAAAAGCUAUUGAGAAUCUACGUUCAUCUACCGUCAUCUCUGUUACUCCAAUAGUAAAACAGCGUUUGUGACGGAGAUGGAAGAAGACCUAUAUAAGUAUAACCUAGUUUCACUGAAUCAUGGCCUAGUAGAAAGUUAUUAUUUGGAUGAAAGGGAAUUUGACGUAGUUACUACAUUUACUUCAAUAAAUCCGUUUAACUUCAUAACAAGGAAGAUGGUGGAGACCACAGGCAUCAUAACUUUCGGAUUAUGGUACAUCGCGAUCAUCUUUAACUACAUAAGCGAAUGGUAUGAAUCUGGGGGCAAGGCGUCGUUGGAAGCUUAUUUGUCGGCGAGCACUCUGAGCAAAGCGAGUAUCCCUAAGGUUGCUUCAGUGGCUGAAGCUGAAGUGGGCAUUGUCGAUGUGGACCCUGUCGAACCUGAAUUGGAGACUGAAAACACUGAAAUCGCUGAAAACACUGAAAUCUAUGAAAACACUGAAAUCGCUGAUGAAUAAUAUAUGAAUACUAAUAAUGUUACGGUUUUAUUUUACGUAUUUUUAGUCCUUACAAACGACAUGAUUUAGAGAGCCUCUGCCUCCGUUUCCAAGUAAGAUACCUGCGCCAAAGACGGCCCGAUUGGUAAGAUUACCUAUUUCCAAAAGUUCAUAGUUUUAAAAGCGUGAAUAGGUAUAUAUUACCAUAUUCGCUAGUACCAUAGACAAAACUGCAAGUUCAUAUUAAACAAUCCGUGACUCACCAAGUCACCAUGGCACAUGGCUCACCUUAGUGAAACAUUGUUGAAUGUGUUGCAACCCAUUAUCGUAGAUGACCCACCGUGGACAAAAAAUGUGUGAAUAAAACCGGACAAUGACUUUUAGUAUGACUAACAGAACUUAAAUUCUAUCUCGAAAAUGUCUGGCCAAUAGUAGGUUUUAUUUUUAAACAAAUUGCACUUUGGAUGCUCACCCUGAUAGUUCCUGUUGGGCUAAAAUGGUCGGCUCUUUAUCAUUUGUCACCAUGCCUGUCACGUUCUAACAAGUAUGUAAGUGCGAAAGUGACGGGCAUAGUGACAAGCGAUAAAAAUUGAACCAUGCUGCCACCGCUGGACACUUCACUAUAGUCUGUGUUGUAUUAAAAAUAAAUAUUAUAGGACAUUAUUACACAAAUUAACUAUCAAGAACUGCCUAUAGGAAAUAGUAUGGAACACUUAUUAAAUUUUUAUCUUGCAGAGAAUGUAUGACAUAGUAUAGUUCGUGUCAUCCACGAUGACGCGCAGUUUCGUCAAAUCUAACCUUUAAUAAUAUGGCAAUAUGAGUCAAGGCUCGCGUCUUCGUUAAUGACACGAUCCAUAUUUUGUAGUUAAAAAACAGACUAUAACAGGAUACACAGCAUUGAGCAUUCGAUGUUUACAAUUUUUAUAUUGUUUGUGCAUUUUUUUUAUAAUGAUUUUGUAUUAAUAAAUGAUAUUUCUUGUUUCA